AUGGAUGACGUGAAUAACCUCGGUGACCAUUUGAACCACCCUUUUCCUAAAUUAGCUUGUCCCAGUGGGUACACAUACCAUCAGACUAACCGGCUGUGCUACAAGGCGUACGGCCUGGAGAGAGACUACAGCGGUGCUAGGGCAACCUGUUCUUCUGACGGCGGAACCCUCGCCAUGCCCCGCGAUGCCGUCACCAACACCAUCCUCAUCAACCUGAAGAAUUCCGUCGAUAACAGCGCUCACUUUUUUUUCGGACUGACCGACAUCCGCCAGGAAGGACGCUGGGUGUGGGAGGAUGGUGCUGCUCUUGGAGGUUUCCGACCGUGGGAUCAAGGAGAACCCGACAACCGUAAAGGUAACCAGGAUUGUGGGGAGUACAUUUCCGCGAAGAAAAAGGAUACUGCCGCCAGGAACAAAUGGAACGAUGGUUCGUGUUUUGAAAGAAGGAAGUUCAUUUGUCAAGUCGCACCAACUUAA